CUCAGCCAGUAGCAGACCCCUCCCGCUGUCGGGGAUCACCCCCGAGCGACUGCGUCCUCCAGUGGGCCUUGUAACCCGUUGGUAGCUUCCUCUGCCCGCUCUGGACCAUGGCCAGUGAGAACUCUCCUCUGCUGGCCUACCGGCUCCUGGGGGAGGAGGGGAUUUCCUUCCCUGCCAAUGGGGCCGGAGGUCCUGGAGGGGCACCGGCCCGGAAACUCUCCACCUUCCUGGGUGUGGUGGUGCCCACGGUCCUGUCCAUGUUCAGUAUAGUGGUUUUCUUGAGGAUUGGGUUUGUGGUGGGUCAUGCUGGUCUGCUUCAGGCUUUGGCCAUGCUCCUGGUUGCCUACAUCAUCCUGGCCCUCACCGUGCUCUCCGUCUGUGCCAUCGCCACCAACGGAGCUGUGCGAGGGGGCGGAGCCUACUUCAUGAUCAGUCGGACUCUGGGGCCUGAGGUUGGCGGCAGCAUCGGCCUGAUGUUCUACCUGGCUAAUGUCUGUGGCUGCGCCGUCUCCCUGCUGGGGCUGGUGGAGGCCAUACUUGACGUCUUCGGGGCUGAUGCCUCGGGGUCCAGUGGCCUCCGGGUUCUGCCCCAGGGCUACGGCUGGAGCCUCCUCUACGGUUCCCUGCUGCUGGGCCUGGUGGGCGGGGUCUGUACCCUGGGGGCCGGCCUCUACGCCCGGGCCUCCUUCCUCACAUUCCUGCUGGUCUCCGGUUCCCUGGCCUCCGUGCUGGUCAGCUUUGUGGCUGUGGGGCCCAGGGACAUCCCAUUGGCCCCUCGGCCUGGCCCCAAUGGCUCCUCCCUGCCGCCCCAGGUCGGCCACUUCACUGGCUUCAACAGCAGCACCCUGAAGGCUAAUCUGGAUGCUGGCUACGCCAAGGACUACACCACAGGGGCCAUGAUGACCUUCGCCAGCGUCUUUGCUGUUCUUUUUAACGGCUGCACAGGCAUCAUGGCUGGGGCCAACAUGUCAGGGGAGCUGAAAGACCCCAGCCGGGCCAUUCCUCUGGGCACGAUCGUUGCUGUUGCCUAUACUUUCUUCAUCUACAUCCUGCUUUUCUUCCUCUCCAGCUUCACGUGUGACAGGGUGCUGCUGCAAGAGGACUAUGGCUUCUUCCGAGCCAUCAGCCUGUGGCCCCCGCUGGUGCUGGUCGGGAUCUACGCCACGUCGCUUUCCGCCUCCAUGAGCUCCCUCAUUGGCGCCUCCCGCAUCCUGCACGCCCUGGCCCAGGACGACCUCUUCGGAGUGAUCCUGGCGCCAGCCAAGGUGGUAUCCCGAGGGGGGAACCCCUGGGGGGCUGUGCUGUAUUCCUGGGGCCUCGUGCAGCUAGUGCUCCUGGCCGGAAAGCUGAACACGCUGGCCGCCGUGGUCACCGUCUUCUACUUGGUGGCCUACGCUGCCGUGGACUUGUCCUGCCUGAGCCUGGAAUGGGCCUCUGCUCCCAACUUCCGCCCCACCUUCAACCUCUUCUCCUGGCACACCUGCUUGCUGGGGGUGGCGUCCUGCCUGCUCAUGAUGUUCCUCAUCAGCCCCGGGGCCGCCGGCGGCUCCCUGCUCCUCAUGGGCCUGCUUUCUGCCCUGCUCACAGCUCGAGGAGGGCCCAGCAGCUGGGGCUAUGUCAGCCAGGCCCUGCUUUUCCACCAGGUGCGGAAGUACCUGCUCCGGCUGGAUGUUCGGAAAGACCACGUGAAGUUCUGGCGGCCGCAGCUGCUGCUCCUGGUGGGGAACCCCCGGGGUGCCCUGCCUCUGCUGCGACUGGCCAACCAGCUCAAGAAAGGGGGUCUCUAUGUGCUGGGCCACGUCACCCUGGGAGACCUUGACUCUCUGCCCUCGGACCCUGUGCAGCCGCAGUACGGGGCAUGGCUGAGCCUGGUGGACCGGGCCCAAGUGAAGGCCUUUGUGGAUCUCACCCUCUCGCCCUCCGUGCGCCAGGGGGCUCAGCACCUGCUGCGGAUCUCCGGUCUUGGUGGCAUGAAGCCCAACACACUGGUCCUGGGUUUCUACGACGAUGCUGCACCCCAGGAUCACUUCCUGACUGACCCGGCUUUCUCUGAGCCUGCGGAUGGCACUCAGGAGGCUGGGGCCCCGGCCCUGAGCACCCUGUUUCCUCCACCCCGGGCUCCUGGGAGCCCCCGGGCUCUCAGUCCCCAGGACUACGUGGCCACCGUGGCAGAUGCCCUGAAGAUGAACAAGAACGUGGUCCUGGCCCGGGCCUGUGGGGCCCUGCCUCCCGAGCGGCUGAGCCGGGGGUCUGGGGGCACCUCCCAGCCGCACCACGUGGACGUGUGGCCCCUCAACCUGCUGCGGCCGCGGGGUGGGCCCGGCUACGUGGAUGUGUGCGGCCUCUUCCUGCUGCAGAUGGCGACCAUCUUGGGCAUGGUGCCUGCCUGGCACAGUGCCCGCCUCCGGAUCUUCUUGUGCUUGGGGCCUCGGGAGGCCCCGGGGGCGGCCGAGGGGCGGCUGCGGGCACUGCUGAGCCAGUUGAGGAUCCGAGCAGAGGUGCGGGAGGUGGUGUGGGGCGAGGGGGCUGCCUCAGAGGAGCCGGAGGAGGAGGAGGAAGGGGACUUUGUGAACGGCAGGCGGGGAGACGCUGAGGCAGAGGCCCUGGCAUGCAGCGCCAACGCCCUGGUUCGGGCCCAGCAGGGGCGUGGUAGAGGAGGGCCUGGUGGGCCUGAGGAAGGGGAUGGCGAGGUGGGGCCCGCCACUGCCCUCACCUUCUUGUACCUGCCGCGGCCGCCUGCUGAUUCUGCCCGCUACCUGCGCUACCUGGCGCUUCUGGAAAUUCUGAGCCGCGAUCUGGGCCCCACGCUGCUCAUUCACGGUGUCACUCCUGUUACUUGCACUGAUCUCUGAUGCCCAUGCCAAGCAGAGAGAGCAUCCAGGUCCGGCGGCCCACCGUGAGAGGAGGGUGAGAAGGGGAAGGGCUGCCUUGUGCCAGCCUCGCACGUGGGACUCAGCCCCUGGUGGACGUAUUAGGGCAUCCUGGUCUCCUGGCCCUGGGUGCAGUUACUAAUGCAGGGCAGCUGUCCCCACCACCUUCCUGGGGAAGGAGUCCACAGCCCUCCCUGUGGGCCUCCCUUCCUU